CAAAAACGCCAGGUUGCGGUCUAACGUUACAGUAUUCAACGCACUGUUGUACCGUGUUUGUAAAAACAGUAGGCCAGUUUAGCACUAUAUUGUAUACAUUGCAACAAUUCUAUCGUAAUAUGCAAUUCCAACAUAUUAUAUCUACCUGCUUCGUCUUACGUUUUUAACCAUUUAUUUAUAAAUACAUAAAGAUUAGUUGCUAUAUGACAUCGUAAGAUCUUUUUCAUUCGUAUGCUAAAUUCGGAAUAGACUUUCUACUACUACUGCUAGAAAUAUAGUAUAGCCUACGAUGCAUGUUAUUCCGAAGUCAGGCUAUUUUUCGUUCCCUUUUGCCUUUUUUGAACCGCUUUUCUGCUUUUAAAGAGUGAUUACAGCACGACCAAAUAACUUUCUAAUGCGGGUUGUAAAAAGCAUUUCAUUGGUUGGAGUGAACGAACACGCCUCCAUCACCAAACGAGUCAUUGUUUUGAAUCUGAAGAGACCGAACAAAGCUCCUGAGAGCUCCUGAUAUUUAGUAAGCAUCGUUCACAACAACACAAAUUAAGCGGGAGAAUUGAAGUGAUACUCAAACUUUUUUCAAGAUCUCUUAGUAUAUUUGCAGACAUACAACUAUAACAAAUUACGUUUCGGUUGUGAAUGACUCGUUUUUUAGCGAUUCGGUCGAGUAAAUUGAAGACUCAACUUAUAACACGCAAAAGACACGCACUGAUCGCCAUCUACUGGAGUAACGAUGCCAUUUACAAAUCCGUGAACAAAUCUUUUUGCGAUUCAAAAGAUUCGAGUCACUAGGAUGAAUCCAAUUUCCCACCAUUGACCUACAGUUUUCCCACGUUGCAAAACAGCAGAACGCUUUUGGGUUCAAACGCGACCGACUCCCCUAAAUUCCGUCAAACCGACCGAUCUGCUGAUCCACUGAAUUCGCGGCAUCGCCAGAGGGAGGUCCGAUUACCGAUUCAAACACCGAACGGGACAGGGUGGUGGUUAUGAAAAAAUGGUGGUGAAAGUGAAGAUUGGAGAUGAGAAACACCAUCUUAGUGAGCUGCUGGACUGGCUCAAUGACAUACUGCAAGCCACUUUCAGCCAAGUGGAGCACACCUGCUCUGGUGCCGCCUUUUGUCAAUUGAUGGACAUCAUUCACCCUGGAUCUGUUGACAUAAAUAAAGUGAAGUUCACAGCAAAAGAGAAUGCAGACAUCUUGGAUAAUUACAAUCUGCUACAGGACGCUUUCAACAAGGCACAAAUCAAGAGAGAACUGGAGCAGACAUUGUUGGUGAAUGGUAACAUCCUGAAAACAUUCGAUUUGUUUAUGAUCGUAGAGCUUGAAAUGCCUAAGAAGAGGAGAUGUUCAUCAAGGCUCAAACAGCCAAAGUAUCCAAACCAGAACAUGAAAAAUGCUAAAAAGAAAUCAGAUAAUUCUUUCUCCUGCAAUCCAGCCACAAUGUGUUUAAUCAGAAAGUAUGGCUCACCUGAUGCUGGAUCAAACUUCGCCAGUGGCAAGGAUAGUCUAGUAUUAGGACAGAAAUACUGGGAAGACAUUACAGCUUUCUGCAGUCAGACUCCAUACUGCCUUUAUUUAUACCAUGGAGUGGAGAUUGAGGACAAGGAGGCCAGUGUGGUCUUGUUGGGCUUUUUUGACAAAGUUGCUGGAGAAACCAAGAUCAGAUUGCUUGAUGUUCUUCAUCCAGAGGAAGAGACUGCUGAUGCCAUCUGUACAUGCAUUGUGGAGAUGCUGAAGAAGUUUAGAAUACCUCUAAUGAACAUGGCGAUAUUUUAUUCAAAUUUCCCAGAUCAUGAAGAUCUUCUCUCAGGUCUGAAGUUGCUGAAACCUGAGAUUGUGUCUUUAUGUGGACUUACAGAUAUGGCAGGACGAGUGUGUCACAGUGGUGUUGAGAAAAUGGAGAUUUCUGGCCCGAUUGUGAAUCUCAUCACAGAGAUCUACAAGCACUUUCCAUCUUUUCCAGAUUCUCUACAGACUUUGCUUGAAGAUGUUGAUUGUUCGAACUUCAGUAAUAUCCUGACGUCCCAAUGCUCUCUCUUCUGUAGAAUCAUCCAGAAAAUGACUUUAGCUUGGUCAGACCUUGAGAAAUACUUUGGAUCUCUGGAUGCAGAUGAAAAAGUGAUCUGUCGUCUUCUUAGUGAUCCCAAAAUAAGACUCAACGUCCUAUUUCUUAGCCACGCUUUGCAACCGCUUUGCGAUUUUCAGGAGACUAUUGACCGAGGUGUCAGCGUGACACAGCUCCUCCAAGAUGCUUCUCAAUUAGUGAGAUUCUACACAGCGAGUUUCCUCAGACCAAAAACAGCAGAACUUUUCCAUAGGAGAGGAAAUACCUCGCUUAUACAGGAAACAGUGGGACAUUUACCUAGAGGAGAGGUUAAAGUUGGCAAACAGGCUGCUGACUUUCUCCUGCAAUGCUCUGAAGAGUUGACUGACUACUUGGAGACAUUCCACAGUUCUGUCAUCUCCUUCUACACGACUGUGACCGUUAAUAUUGUUGAAUGUUUACCCUUCUCAGAUUCCACCAUGAGAAACUUGUCAUUAGUGUUGUGUCCAGGAAAAAAGCUUGAAGUGACUGGCAAAAUAGUUCAAGAUUUAGGUGCCUGUUUUGGGGUUUGCUCAGGCCCUGAGAAUGUCAGCUUACUCACAGAUGAGUUUUUGGAGUACCAGUUCAUUGAUGGAGGUGACACACACCCAGCCGACCAGUCAAUGGAGGAGUACUGGAAGACUGAGCUGAGAAUUAUGGGAAGGACAUCAAGUUUUGGGAAAUUAAUCGUUAGCUUGUUGGCUUUGCCCAGAACAUUGAAAAAAGAGAUAAUUUUUGAACAGGUGUUCCCACAAACUGUCUCAGAUCUCAAUGAGAGGAAAAUGGAGGACUUGGAGGAGAAGGACAUGGCUAAGGAUGAUGCUACAGACAGCAGCUCAUAUAAAAGUGCUCCAUCACAUCUCAGCCCAGAGACUCUAGGGAGCAUCACAUGCGAUGGCAUUUACUUAUGGGACGUGGAAAACAUUGUGGCAAUGGAAGUGGAGGAUACUGUGCCAAUCUCUUCUGAUUCAGGCCCAGAAAGUCAAAAUCACACAAAAGCACAUCAUCCAAAUGUGUCCAUUGAUGAUGAUGAUGAUGAUGACAAGUACAGCAGCAGUGAUGACGAUGACGAUUGCAGCAGUAGUGAUGAUGAUGUCAUAUGGACUGAGAAAAGAAAAGGAAUUAUCUCGCAUAACAAUGAGAAAACAAACAUUCCAUACCAGGGGGGUUACACAGUGGGUGAGAUGGUUUGGGGGCCCAUUGAGGGCUUUGGUCUUUGGCCUGGACUGGUUCAGAGCUGGGACAGCAAGAUGCCUUGUGGCUCCAUCCGUAAAGUGAUUUUCUUUGGGAACAGGAUGCUGUCAGAGAUCCAAGUAGAUGAUCUCCUGCCCUUUUUUUCCUUUGCUAAAUGCUUCUGUUCUAAUUCCUUCGCUACUGUAGCGACAUAUAAAGAUGCAAUCUUCAAUUCUCUGCAGGUGGCUUCCAGACGCAGUAGAAUGUUUUUUUCUCCUGAGACGGACUCUUUGGAUGAGUUGUUUAGAGUCAUGUUGGACUGGGCCUUUGGAGGUUUUAAGCCAUCAGGUCCAGAUGGACUUCGACCUCAAUCGGAAUACAAUGAACAGGCUUUUAUGCCACGAUCAGUGAAUGGGAAUGUUGGAUCCUCUCCAAACUACAAAGACCAUCGAGAAAAAUUAUUUAACUUAACUGUAUCUCUGAAUAAGCUCCCUGAAUCUCUGGACCUGCACAAAGGUUCGAUAAACCUUGGGAAAAAAGAUGUUUACAGAAGAUUCAUGCAUCCAAAAUGGAAUCGGAGAUCCUCGCAGACUGUAAGGACUUGUCGAGAACAGAAACAUUCUUACAGGAAUAAGCGUCCAACUCACUGCGAAAGUAUGCAGGUUGAGUCCAGACAGAACAGCCAAAAAAGAUAUCAAAUGGUGCAUACAUUUCUGGAAAACAAGAUAGACAUUGAAGAGUUUUGCUUAUCAUGUGGAAGUACAUUUGCUGACAUCAUCCACCCACUCUUCGAAGGCAGCCUGUGCUUAAAAUGCAAGUUUAAUUUCACAGAGACGCUGUACAGAUAUGAUGAAGAUGGCUAUCAGUCAUACUGCACUGUUUGCUGUUCUGGCGUGGAGGUCAUUCUGUGCGGCCAUGGCAGCUGUUGUCGAUCCUACUGUGUGGACUGUCUGGAUAUCCUAGUGGGUGAGGGGACAUUUAACCAGCUGAAGAAUGUGGACCCAUGGACCUGUUACCUUUGUGCACCCGAGAGCAGCUCUGGAGCUUUGAAGCCCAGGCAUGACUGGAGCAUCCGUGUGCAGGAAUUCUUUGCCAACAACAGCGCCAUGGAGUUUAAGCCCCACCGUGUUUACCCAUCAAUCCCUGCUAACCAGCAAAGUCCAAUCAGAGUGCUUUCCUUAUUUGAUGGUAUAGCCACAGGAUACCUUGUUCUGAGGGAUCUUGGCUUCAAAGUGGCAAAAUAUGUGGCCUCAGAAGUUGAUGAAGAGUCUGUUACCAUUUCCAUGGUCAACCAUGAUGGAAAAAUCACUUAUGUGAAAGAUGUUAAGAACAUUACAAGAAAGCAUAUUGACACAUGGGGCCCGUUUGAUCUUCUCAUUGGUGGAAGUCCUUGUAAUGACCUGUGCACGGCCAAUCCCCACAGAAAGGGCUUGUUUGAGGGCACAGGGCGGCUGUUUUUCGAAUAUUAUCGGCUUCUGAAUAUGUUGAAGCCAAAGGAAGAUGACCCACGGCCGUUCUUCUGGCUGUUUGAGAAUGUGGUGUUAAUGGAAAACAAGGUUAAAGCUGACAUUUGCCGCUUUCUGGAAUGUAACCCUGUGCUCAUUGAUGCUGUGAAAGUGAGUCCAGCUCACAGAGCAAGAUACUUCUGGGGAAACAUACCUGGCAUGAACAGACCAAUCGUAGCAUCUCAGAAAGACAAACUGAGUCUUCAGGAAUGUCUGGACCCUGGCCGCACUGCAAAGUAUGAAAAAGUUCGCACUAUCACCACACGGCCAAACAUACUGAAACCAGGCACUGAUGACCGGCAUUACCCCAUCAUUAUGAAUGGGGAAGCUGAUAGUCUGUGGAUCACUGAAUUGGAGAAAAUAUUUGGAUUUCCGAAGCAUUACACAGAUGUGAAAAAUCUGGGGCGUAUGCAGAGGCAGAAAGUAUUGGGGAAGUCCUGGAGCGUCCCUGUCAUACGACAUCUUCUAGCACCUCUGAAGGAUUACUUUGCUUGUGACUAGGUCCCCUUGAAAUUAACUGAAGUUGAUUGUGCAUUUCUAAUAUUUUUCUUUGAGUAAAAAAGACUCAGGGACACAACAGUUUGUCUCUUCAUUGUUUUAACUAAAAUUUAGAAACUUAGAAAAUGUGUGUAGUGCUCUGUGAAGUGCCAAGAUAAUAACUCCUGUUUAGCUUUGUCUCUAGCUUUGAUUUAAGAACUAAAUUAAUGUUGACUAGUGACUGAAAUGAAGAGUUUUCAUUAAUUCAGGCUGUUUAAUUUUAUUUUUCUUUGUUUGUUUGUUUAAGCUCCCUGGAUAGUUUAGUACUUAAUUAAAAUAAGUGAAGUGUCUAUUUGUAUCAAAUGUUAGGAGAAUAAAAAUUACGUU